AAAACAAAAGGAAGCAAAAUAGAAAAGACAAAGACAGAGUCUUGGUCUUGGGGAUGCGCCAGUUUAUAACUUGAGGCAUGGCAGCCUUUGAGUUCCGAUCACCAUAUUUGCUCUCUCUAACCAUUCUCCUCCUUCUUCUUCUCGUGCUUUCCUUCUCCCCCUUUAACAAAACCAGUUUCAGUCUCAUCAAUCUUUCUUCUUCUGAAACCCAACAUGUUCCUCUAAACAGUACUCAUCUUAACACUUCAACCCAAUAUGUCUCACCCUCACAGCCACAGCCACCACCCUUACCUUCUCCUCCUACUUCCAUUGUUGCAGACCAUGUCAAAAAAAGAAGCAAUACAAACAAGAUUGAGGAACAAUUGGCCAGAGCAAGAGCAGCUAUUCACAAAGCAGUUCUUACAAAGAACUAUACAUCUGAUAGACAAGAGAUUUACAUCCCCAGAGGAAGUGUGUACAGAAAUCCCUAUUCAUUUCAUCAGAGUCACAUAGAGAUGGUAAAGAGAUUCAAGAUAUGGGCAUACAAGGAAGGGGAGCUACCAAUGUUCCAUAAUGGACCAAUGUCGUACAUCUACUCCAUAGAAGGCCAGUUCAUGGAUGAGCUGGAUAGUAGUGGGAAGAGUCCAUUUCUGGCUCGACAUCUUCAUGAGGCACAUUCGUUCUUUGUACCAGUAAGUGUGAAAAGGAUUGCUGAUUUCUUGUAUGAUCGGCCUAAACCUUACAGUUUUCACGGUCGAUUGGUUCGUAUUGUCACCGACUAUAUCAAUGUGGUAGCUCGAAAAUAUCCCUACUGGAAUAGGAGUGAGGGAGCUGACCAUUUUAUGGUCUCUUGUCAUGAUUGGGCACCAGAAAUAAUAAAUGAUGAUCUUAAGUUCUACAAGAACUUCAUAAGAGUGCUUUGCAAUGCUAACAUAUCCGAAGGAUUCCAGCCAGGGAGAGACGUCUCGCUGCCAGAAUAUAACUUAGCCAGUGGCACACUUGGACCAUCACGCCUCGACUCACAUCCUGAUGAGCGUCCUAUCCUGGCCUUCUUUGCUGGCGGUGCUCAUGGCGACAUAAGGAAGUUUUUAUUUGAGCAUUGGAGGGACAAAGAUGAGGAAAUCCAAGUCCAUGAGUAUCUUCCAAAGGGUCAAAAUUAUCACCAAAUUAUGGGGCAAACCAAGUUUUGCUUGUGUCCAAGUGGGACUGAAGUUGCUAGUCCUAGAGUGGUUGAAGCAAUGUAUGCAGGAUGUGUUCCGGUGCUCAUUUCUGAUUAUUAUGCGCUACCCUUUGCCGAUGUUCUUGAUUGGAGCAAGUUUACAAUAGAAAUUCCACCAAAGAGAAUACCGGAAAUCAAGACGAUAUUGAAAGCUGUUUCUCAUACAGAAUACUUGAAAUUGCAGAAGAGGGUGAUGCAAGUGAGAAGGCAUUUUGAGCUGAACCGGCCUGCCCAGCCAUUUGAUGUGUUUCAUAUGGUGCUUCACUCAAUUUGGCUGAGGAGGCUAAACAUUAGACUACACUUAAACAAGAAGUUAUAUCCUUCCUGUAUGCCCAUAAUGCCAUUUAUCUUAAACUCAAUGAUUAAAAUCUUUGAAAUGUUGACAACUCCAAUCUCAUGUAAUGUCGACUGA